GAUAUACAUGUAUCAUUUACUGGUACAAACUUGCACAUAGACAAGUGCAUGUCAGUGGCAUAUGACAAAAUGUCAAUUUACUAUAGAGGCUUGGAGACAAACAUUGAUAGCAACUCGUCCGACUAUUACAGAAGAUUUCAAAAUACUGAAAAUACAGACUUCAAUGAGCAAAUUAUUCCGAUUCAACGUCAAACAUUUUUUAGAAAAAAAUAGAAAUUUACUAUUUCUCGUAGCUGGCUUGGUGGUUGGAUGUUUUGUGGCUGUGGUCAUAAGUUAUGCUUUCUUUUCUCUUGGGCAGAAUCAAGGACAUGGAAAUUGCCAGCCGUAUGAAGUGACAUCUGGUGCCCAAAAGAAGAACCAAACGUCGGUGACAACAGACAGUGGGAAAAAGGAAAAUAGUGAUUUUAAACAAAUAUUUGUGGCAUGUACUGGAAAUAGACAGUCAGUAUUGGACGCUUGGAGAAAUUCAUCCAUUGGAGGGGACAUCAGCAACAUUAAAGACUCGUGUACCAAUCGACACCUUAGGAGUACAUUGAUUGACAACUGGAAUGGCUCAAUGAUUGAUCAGGUGAUAGUUGAACUUUUCAGAAAUGAACAAUUAGCUGUAGAGAUGUUUUUUGAUGGUCGAGGUUCAACAAGUUCUAAUUGGUUCACCAGGAAACGACUACGUUCUAAUUCUUUUAACGACCUGACGCAAAUGUCUACCUUCAACUUUUUCUCAAUGAAUGGUGACCAAACCGUUGACCGCCAUUUCUUCAUCAAUCGUAACUAUGGAGGCUGUGCAAACGACAAAGGAUGGAUGGUGGUGAUUGACAAGGCUGAUGCAAAUUACCGACCCUGCAAUUUUGAUAAGUUACCUGGAAAGGCCUACCCAUAUAUACUGUAUGGCCCUGAUCAGCAGCUUGCUCAUUAUUACUAUGGACUGUAUGCAGUUGCCGACAUGAUGGUUAUAUCAAUUUCGACAUUAGGUUGAGAUGGAGCAUCAUGCUACAAGAAAAGUUUUACUCCAAAAUAAAAUAAUAUUGGACCUG